CUGAGAUAGAGAAGCUCUUUAAAGUGACGUAGCGUCACAACAUCAGAAACGAUCAUGUUAAACAAAUAAUUUUCUGCUGAACGCUUAAAUAGUUUAUUUAUUCUACUUUAGUCACUUUAAAGUAUCUGAUUAAUGUUUCGGUUUCUAUAAUCCAGAACUACUGCGCUUGAAACAAAGUCUUAGGCAGUUUUAGUUUCGUUUUUGUGGACUUGUGGUCAGAUCAAGGUUUCAUCAUGUUUAAUUUAUUUGGAUUUCGCAAGGACGCAAAAAAAUCCACGUCAGAGAAAGAAGCGGAGGGCGGUUUUGUUAUUGUGGGAGAAACGGUGGAGGAGCAAAAGCAGAGGAUGCAGACAAAGAACAUCGGGCAACCGUCAACAAAUGUGAUUGUCCAGCCUUCAAAAACAGUCCGCCCACUCCCUCCUCUCCCCGUCGACCCAAAGCUCCCCGUGGACUUCUCCGGCUCGGGGGCUUCUGCUGGACCCGCCGUAGCUCCUGCCGGGGCGGGACCAGAACCUGCCCAUCACCUGCCGGACCUCCUCGGGGACAUCCCGUUCACACUGGCCCCGCACAUACUGGCCAUGCAGGCUGGGUUCCCCCUCAUCCCCGACGUGCUUCUGUCCCGGGACGUUAACUACAACCUGUCCAACUUCCAGUACGACUUUACUCUGGAGAACUCUGUGAUUCACAACAUGUAGAAAAAAUACAGAUGGGAGUCGACAGAACUGGGACGUCAAUGUUUGAACUUUGGCUUGGGUUUUGAACGCCCAACGAGAUUACUGUGAAUCAGAGAGGAUUAGGGAUAAUUAUGAGCUUUAAAUAACUUAUACUGUAAAGAUACUAAAUAAUUACUUCAGAUGAUGUUGCAUAACCAAGUAAAUUAAGUACUUUAAAGGAACUGUAGGUAAAAAACUGACAUGUCUGUUCCCAGAUACGAGGAUGGCAGGUGCUUUUAGUGAUAAAAUUAUGAUAUAUAAUUAGGGCUGCUCGAUUAUGAAAAAAAUCAUUAUCACGAUUAUUUUGGUUAAUAGUGAAAUCACGAUUAAUCAAACAAUUAUUAUUUUUUAGUUACAUGAUGCAUUUAUUCAGCAUUUCCCUCUUAAAAAAAACACUCUGUUGUUGAUAAUUUAUGCAAAACUUUCAAAUUAAAAAUAAAUCCAGGCUACAAAUAUGUAUUUUAGAGAAUUUUUGCGAUAUAACAAAAACGUAUAAAGCGUAUAAAACAUAAAAUGAAUAAAAUAUAUUUUGAACAUGAAAUAAGGGAGAGAAAAACAAAUGUAUCCAAAAUAAACUAUAUAUCCAGCUGUACAAUUUUUAUAUUUAAACAAUAAAAUAAAUAUACUUAUUUAUAUAAAAAUAUCCCAAGAGCAUAGAGAAAAAGUCUGCACAACAUCUCGUACUUGCAAAAAUACAAGAUGUUGUGUAAAAGUAUUUUUAUUAGGACAAACUGUAAUGUUUCGUUAAACAACAGAACAUAAGUUUACCAAACUCUCCAUCUCACUCCAAAUCAUUAAAUUAACAGCAACCUCCAGAGAUAAACCAUAGACUCAUGAUGUAAACAGAGCGCCGCUUCCUCUUCUGUGUCGCGGUCGUCAGACUCAGCUUCAGUUCCAGUUAGAAUUAUUCUGGCCUUUCUGAAUCUCAACAGGAUGGUUUCGGUGUCACUAAAGUUCAGGCUUUGUCAAUUCAUCCAGUGACUUUCAGGAAAGUUACAUGGUGCACCCUCCCGGUUGCCGUGAAGCUGUGUUCUCAAUCCCCGCUUUCCACCAGGUCCUCACAAGUUUCUCGCUCACUCUAAACUUUGUUUUCGCUGUUCGAUUACCGUUUUCAGCUGAAUAUUUCACUAUUUGCAGUGAGACGGCGGCUUUUUCUACAGGAGACAUGCGCAGUAGAGUGAAGUGACAGUGGUACAGGAGUAACAGUAGUACUAGAUACUGACACACGAGCCUAGAGCGCCCUCUUGCAGCUGUCAGUCUGAACAUUUUAAUAUAAAAAUUGCACCGGAGUGUAAGUCGCAGGAAACACCCAAACCAUGAAAAAAGUGCGGCUUAUAGUCUGAAAAAUACGGUACACAUUUUAGCGAUCACAGGAAAUUAAGCAUACAUAAGAGCCAUGGCAAGACUUAGAUGAAGUACAGUUAAAAAUAACAAAAAACAUAAACCAUUAUUUAUUUAUGAAUGAUGGAUUUGUAACAAUAAUCAGCAUUUAAUUCAUCAAAUUUGAGUUAUUCAGGACAAUACUGUAAUGUGCACUGCAAAUUUCUGAUCUGGCCAAGAUUUUAAAACUUAUAUCAGGUUAUUCAUCUUGUUUUCAGAUUUAUUAUCGAGUUCCUCAUUCUGAAUUGGUUGUACAAUCUUAAAAAUGAUGAAUGAUGAAUAAUUUCUUCCAUGACUCAACUCGAAUGGACUAACUAUAAUCAUGCAAGACUGAUUUCAAGUAAUUAGAUCUAGAAUUUAUCAUCUUUGAAUUCAUUAUCAGGCCAUUCAAACUAAUCUUAAACCAGUUUUAAGUAUGUUUAUCUAGAAUUCAGCAGAAUUAAAGCAUUUUAUCUAAAAUUUGGCAUUUUAUUUUAAGAUAACUUGUCAAAUAAAAUGAUCUUGCUGCAUGGAUGGAUAAUUUCACUACUUUUAAGUCAUUUUCUGAUAGAUUUAAGCGUUUAUAUCUUAAAUUUUGGUUGAUCUUUUUAGUAGUGUGUACCGUAAUUCAGAAAUCCUUUGGUGAGCGACUUGGAAGGAGGUGGAGAGAUGCUGGUUGGAGACGCCUGCUCUAGAAACACAGAACAUUUUUAAAACCUUAAGAGUUUAGUCUGUGUGCAGUGUUGGGGAGUAACAGAUUACAUGUACCGGAGUUAUGUAAUCAGAGUACAAAUUAUGAGUAACUGUAUUCAGUUACAGUUACUGUUUCAGUGGGUGGUAAUUGGAUUACAGUUACUUUGUUGAAAUAAAUGGAUUACAUGGAGGUAUUUUCCUGUUUUCACAUUUUGGGCUAAACCAGGACUAAACUAGUACUAAAACCAGGACUAAACUAGUACUAAAACCAGGACUAAAACUAGGACUAAAACUAGGACUAAAAACCAGGACUAAACCCAGACUAAAAUAGGACUAAACCCGGACUAAAACCAGGACUAACCUAGGACUAAAAUCAGGACUAAAACCAGGACUAAACCCGGACUAAAUUAGGACUAAAACCAGGUCUAAAGCAGGACUAAACCAGGACUAAAACCAGGACUAAAACCAGGACUAAAACCAGGACUAAAACCAGGACUAAACCCGGACUAAACUAGGACUAAAACCAGGACUAAACCCGAAUUAAAACCAGGACAAAAACCAGGACUAAAACCAGGACUAAACUAGGACUAAAACCAGGAUAAAGCAGGACGAAACCAGGACUAAACCAGGACUAAACCAGAACUAAACCAGAACUAAACCAGAACUAAACCAGGACUAAACCAGGACUAAAACCAGGACUAAAACCAGGACUAAACUAGGACUAAAACCAGGAUAAAGCAGGACGAAACCAGGACUAAACUAGGACUAAACCAGGACUAAACCAGGACUAAACUAGGACUAAACUAAUAAUAUAACAGUAGUGUGGACAUAAUUGAAGGCAGCAGUGAUUUCAUAUCAAAAUAAUUUCUCUAUCAAUAAUAUUUUUAAUCUGGUCAAGUAAAGUCUGAACAAACAAGAAUUUUCAGGAUGUGGUUGUUACAUUUAUGUCGUUUUAAAAAUCAUGACAAGAUCAAGUAAUCCAAAAUAUUCAGAAUACGUUACUCACUUUAAGUAAUUUAAUGGAUUAUGUUACAAACUACAUUUUGGGGUAUGUAAUCUGUAAUCUGUAGGGGAAUACAUUUUAAAACUAACCUUCCCAACACUGUCUUGUUUACAGUUCCUUUAAAGCUCGGUUACCUGAUUUUUAAAUCUUGUUCCUCGCUUUCACAAACCACUUGCCAUAGCAUUAAUAUUCACAUGCUUACAUUUGGGCACAUGCACUUUUUCUGACUGGGAAACGAAGAAGGAAUAGAAUAGAUCGCCAUAGUCAGUCCUCAUUUAUCCUUCAAACUGCAUAUCUUCAGAAAAUAUAAUCAAAGAAAGUUUUGAAAAUGAAGGCAGAUUUCCUAAUAUCAUAAGUUAUUUUUUGUUUUUUUGUGGUGAAUCUGCUUACAAUCCUGUCUGUUGUUUUGAUAUUGUAUUUCUUUCUCUGUUUACUGAUGUUUUUUUUUUUUAGAGUCACCAGAAUUUACAGAAAAGAGUCGUGCGAGGAGCUUUAUGUGACUAUCCUUUUAUAAACUUUACUAGUAGUUUUGUCAUUUCAAUUCAUAUUUUCCUUUUGGCUAAACAACACUGAACACACCACUGUCUCUGCUGUGCUCGGUAUCGUUUUAAUUUCCUUUUUUCCACCUCAGAUUAAUGCGCCAGAUGCUCUUCCUCGCACUACCGUCCUCACCUGACGCCUGGCACCGGACUGUAAAUGACUUCUUGCUGUCUAGAUGGAAAACUUUGAUGCUGUAGACGCCUAAGGAAUAAAUAAAUAUAAUUAGUAUUUAGUGUUAUUAGUAUUUUUGUAUGUGGUCUGAUGAAGUUUACCUUGAAUGCUUUUGAUUCUGCAUGUUGUUUUAAAUAAUUAAGCUCUGUGGGUUCAUGUUUUUGUCAUAAAAACUCAUCUUUCUGCUGUUUUACGUUUCAUUAAGUAGUUAAGUUGCACUCAGUUUGGUUUGGAAGUGUCAGGGAAGGGGGAAAAUUAGUUAAAAUGUAUGGCACAUUUUUCUCUGUAGGGCUGGUAAGGCUGAUUUUGCCUUGGAAAAUGUACUAAAGUGGUUAUUUUCUGUGCUUUUUUGUCAUAGUUACUAGAUAAAGAUGUUACUGUGUUUACAAAAUCAGCUACUAAAUUGUGAAGGUACAGCUUUUAAUAAGCCCUGAACAAUGAACCAAAGUGUGCCUUAGAUAUUUGUAACUUAACAGAAUUGUUCAUAUGUCCACCUCCAUGUCAUUUAUAUUAAAUCCUGCAAUGUUG